CGGCUCGCCAGCUACGGCGGCUGCGUGGGGUCGCGCGGCGAUUGCGCGAUUCGGUAAGCGGGCCCGGCCGGGUGAGCGAGAGGAAAAAGAGGCGACGUUGGUGCGCCGCCGCCAGAUUCUCGGAGCAACGAAACAAAGAAGGCCGCUGGUCUCGGGCCUUUCUCUCCACGAUGCGGGAUGGGAUGAAACGGCCUCAGCUGCUGAAGCGACGGCGGCCACAAGCCGGGAAAACUGCAGCAGAGGCCUUGAAGAUUACGCGUCACCCUUCACUUUUGCCUUGAAACGCUGCUGAAAUGCACCACAAACUCCUUAAGAGCGCUCAUUACAUUGAGCUGAAAAGCUACCAGUACUGGCCUGUCUUGGUGCCUCGAGGGAUCCGCCUGUACACCUAUGAACAGAUUCCCGUAUUCCUCAAGGACAAUCCUUACAUCACAGAUGGCUACAGAGCGUAUCUGCCUUCCAGGCUGUGUCUGAAAAGCCUUUUCAUUUUGUCCAAUGAGACGGUCAACAUCUGGAGUCACUUGCUGGGCUUCUUCCUCUUCUUCAUUUUGGGCAUCUACGACAUGACUUCUGUGCUGCCUUCAGCCAGUGCCUCGAGAGAAGAUUUUGUCAUUUGCUCCAUUUGUCUCUUCUGCUUUCAGGUCUGUAUGCUUUGCUCAGUAGGGUACCACCUUUUCUGUUGCCAUCGCUCAGAGAAAACCAGCCGACGGUGGAUGGCAUUAGACUACGCAGGGAUUUCCAUCGGUAUCCUGGGCUGCUACGUCUCUGGAGUCUUUUAUGCAUUUUAUUGCAAUAACUACUGGCGCCAGGUGUACUUGAUCACCGUGCUCGCAAUGAUCUUGGCCGUCUUCUUUGCUCAGAUCCACCCCAAUUACCUCACUCAGCAGUGGCACAGGCUGCGCUCCAUCAUAUUCUGUUCAGUCUCAGGCUACGGAAUCAUUCCCACCAUCCACUGGAUUUGGCUCAACGGAGGGACCGGCGCAUCUAUCGUGCGGGAGUUUGCUCCACGCGUGAUUUUGAUGUACUUAAUAGCUGCUUUGGCGUUUCUCUUCUAUAUUUCCAAAGUCCCGGAACGAUAUUUCCCUGGGCAGCUGAACUACCUCGGCUCUAGCCACCAGCUGUGGCACAUCCUCGCAGUGAUCAUGUUGUACUGGUGGCACCAAUCGACGCUGUACCUCAUGCAGUACAGACACAGCAAACCGUGCCCUGACCUUACCAUAUAAUAGCACGUGAAGACUGCCUUCGCUACAGUGACGCGGUGGACGGCGAAUGUCUCCUUUCUGGCCAAGUCCAGCUGAGCUGCUGUUUUGAUCUUUUGAGGGUCUUUGUCCUGGGCUAGGGAUGAUAUGCAGACAGACAUUUCGAUGACUCCCUGGACGGGGCUCCAGCUGCCAAAUAACUUUUUGAACAAGUUUAAGACAGUAAAAGAGCCGCAGGCGUUUGCCCUGUGUCAGCAGAGUGUGACUGGACCCUAUCAGAAGACUGGCUUCUGUUCUUAACCGCUGAUCCAACGAGGCUUUAGCCCGAGAACCCUUUUGGUAUGAGAAGCUGGGAAGCUGAGGAUACAUUCUCUCAAAUGCAUGCUCGUAACGCUCCUGACAUGAAUUCCGACAUCGCGCCUUGGAACUUGAAACGUCCGUGUCCUUCGUUGUAUGUUUUAAUAUGUUUCGUGUCCUCGCACUGAUGUUGUUCUAUUACUUACCUGUGGAUCGGGUGGAUUUUCACUGGACUCCCCUCCUUCCCUUCAAAAGAAUCGCCCGCCGUGGCUUCCCUUCAGGGGUAACUGAAUGACCAAUCACAGCCGGCGAAAGAGCAGAGCCUCCUCGCUAGUCAUCAAAACGGGACGUUGCCAACAGAGGCUCCUUUGGGUGACCUAGGAACUGAAGGACGCAAAGCCCGGAGGGGUGUGUCAAUGAAUAUAAGGAAAAUGUUACAUGUAUGAAUCGCUCCCUUUACCAAGCAGCACUGGCCUCAAAGAGGAUGUGUCGUGUAUUGUCAAUUACAGAGAAGCCUCUUUCUGUCCUGGUCCGGGGUUUUGGUUGGUUUGUUUUGUUGUUUUUAAGAAUGCCAGCGGUUCCUUCAGAUGCUUGCCAAUGAAUUCGUUCAGUCAGUCUAGAAGAGCUUUGCACUCGGCCUUUUGACACUUCAGUUAUCAUUCCCUAGCAAAAGGGCAUGAAGGGUGAUUCUUUCCCCCCCCCCCCCCCGGAAGGCAAAGAUAGCUGGAGGAAAGCUGAAAUCCUGUGCCUGCUUUGGAUUGGAGGAUGGGGGGACCAUAGGGAAGGGUUAGGAGUGCUGCAUCUGCCUGAAUGCUUUGCCAAUGAGACGAGGGUUUCCAAACCCAAAGCGGCUGCAGAGCCUGCAGUUCUAGCCUCAGGGCAGUUCCAUCUUUGCUGUUCUGGAAAAUGGCCUUUUCGUGGGCAAGUUAUAGCUUGCACUCGCGGCGACCCCGAGAAACUCUGCAUCCCCCCGCCCCUCCGGGGUUGCAGGGGGCACGGCCCUACCCGCAGUUUUAUCUGGUAAAGCAAACAUUUCAAUUGAUAGACAGUAGCCCACUAGGCUGGCUAUAUAACAGCAUCACAGUUGUAGAAGUAAACGGUCAUUUUAAGUUUCAGGCCUACCCCCUGAAGCGCCAAAGGGUAAAAGCUUGCAAUUGUCAACUUCCGCAGCACUGCCUUCAGGUUAUCACACGACUUGGCUAGUUUGUAUGUAGCGCCAGCGUAUUAAACGUGUGAACAUUUGGUCCAAGUUUGCAUAUUUGACAAGUAGGACCCCCACCCAGUUUUACCUAGCGCAGGUAACGCUCAUCGUUAGGGUUGGCUUGCUUUUUAAAUUAAGUCUGCCUUUUAAAAAGCCAAGAGCUGCUGGAUGCAGUUGCAACGCCGCUCUCUCACGUUGGUGCAGGUGCAACGCAAGCUGUGGGGCUGUUGUUUGUGUGUGAGUGAUGGCGCCCCCCCCCCUUCUUUCCUAGCUCCAAUGAAUGUACGUGGCCUGUUGUGGCCAGUACCAGGUUUCUUAUGCCUCUUAAAAGAAACAGACUUUCUUUGGAAGUUUCAUUUCAGAAUAUCAAACCGACUUCAUCUUGAGUAGGGACAAGGGUUUGUCUUGAAGAUGUAGCAUCGCAGUACGUUAAGCUCCUUGGUGAAUGUCUUAAACAGACUCUGCGUUUUACAACACGGUUGUACCUUAUUGAAUGUUCUCGAUGUGGCACUGCAUGAACGGCGGUAAACUAAUCUUUGUCCAAGUGACUUUUGCGGGCGGGGAGGGGGGAGUAAAAACACCCCUCCUCCCAAUAUAUCGUUCUGCUGCCUUGGGGUGCUUCAGGAGCAUCAUAGUAGUGAGACAAACUGGCUGCGUUCUUAAGGAAAACAGUCUGUCUGCGUUGCUACGUGAAACAAAUGCCUUAUCUUUUGGUGCAGAGAGGUGCAUUAGAUCACGACUCGCUCAGCUUGCAAGACAGAGUCUCAUGCGUAGAUGUGGAAAGCAAAGUUGACAGAUAUCGCGGUGGAGGGUCUUUUUAAAAAAUCGCUUCUAGCACUAUAGAGGGGAAAGCUUUUAGAAAAGGAGGACCCUGUGAUUUUAUUUCAGACUUGGGCAAAAGCCUUGUAAAAAAAAAUAUAUAUAUAUCCCUGAAGAGUGGAAACGUUUCGUUUUUAAAAAGCAGCAACAGAAUGCUCAGUUUGCCAAGAUAGAUCAUGACGGCUCUACUUUCAGACUGUCUGUGACAAAAGAAGAAAGAAGGCCCUUUGUAGAUCGCUGCUUGUGCGUGAGAGAACUUGUCUUUGUUUUAAUUUAUUUAACGGUAUUAUGUAUAGAUGUUUCUAACAGGCUAGUUCUUUAGAGACACUGCAGCAACCUAAAUGCAGAAUGACACAACAGUUUAAGUCUUGUCUCCUAAACCUCUGGCCCUUCCAAGGGAAGUGGGAUCAGCUAAGCAAAAUGUGUAUCAAUAACUGCUGCUGGAGCCUCCUUGUAGAUUAAGAGUCCACAGACCUGCUGGAAGCAGUUGUUUUCGGAUGAUCUCACUUGUAGCUUAGGGUGGCUUUUUGAAAAUCCCAAAACCCACAUUCCAAGUACAAGGGAGGGACAAAACCCUUUGCCAACACUUGAGUGCAAUUUAAUCUAGUGGCAUAUGUAUUAUGUAAAUAUUGGCACUGUAAAUAAAGAGUUUACAGAA